AUGCCUCACGAUCCAUCUCCUCCACAUCAUAUGCCUAUCUUGCCUUCAACAGAACAAGAAUUAGUGCAACACAAUGAUCAUGCACCGGAUGAACCUGAUAUAUCCUCCACCGAACUCUCAAGGCUGUCCAAUGUUCCCACGCAUCCUACGGUGACUCGGUCACGGUUAGGAGUUCAAAAACCAAAUCCUAAAUAUGCAAUGAAUUUUAUUGUUGAUACUAAAUUACUGGGACCCACUUGUUUUAGCCAGGCUAUGAAGCAAGAGGAGUGGAGACAAGCAAUGACACAUGAAUUCAAUGCCUUACAGCGCAAUGGCACAUGGCAACUAGUUCCGUUUCGGUACAAUAUGAACAUGCUGCCAAAUAAAUGGGUUUUUAAAAUUAAAAGGAGAGCAGAUGGGUCCAUAGAACGCUAUAAAGCAAGACUUGUCGCCAAUGGUUUUCAUUAG